UUUCGCUUGUUCUAUGUUGGCGGCAUUGAGCGUCCAUCUCAUUGAAGAGAAUUAGUAGUACUAUAAGUAGGCAGUAGUGUCAUGCUUAGCGAAGUGUGAGAGAACCGCGUGUGAGUGUGAUCUUGAUUAUAGUGCUUGAGACUCGUUGAGGCGCUGAGGCGGACGCCGGUCGUAUCACCUGGCGUGUGAGCGCGUGCGCGCGGCAGCGGUCACGCCGGAGCGCGGAGCGUCUGUCGGCUCACCUGCCACUGCACUAUCCCUUCCCCGUGCGGCUGGGCCACUGCUAUCGGUGAGUUCCUAGUUCUGCAAUCCCUGAUCCUUCCUGGUGAAGUUAGACUACUGAACGAGUGGUGCAGAGACGAUGCGCGCGGCGUGGAGCGGAGCGGCGGUGGCGGGGAGGCGCGCUGUUGCUGGCGCUGCUGCUGGCGGCGGCGGCGACGACGGCGGCGCGCCGAGCUCUACACGGCGCUGGUCGAGCUGGAGGAGCUGCUCGGACGGAGGCCGUGCUCAUGACGGAGCUCGAGGGCUACAUCGCCGCGCAGGAGGAGAAGCUGCGCGUCCUCAAAAGACACUAUUCAGAGUAUGCCAAAGAACAUGAUGAAGCCAGCCAAGAUGUCCAGGCAUAUUUGUCCAAUCCUAUAAAUGCUUACCUCUUAGUCAAACGACUGACAACAGACUGGAAGUCAGUUGAAUCGCAAAUGGUCAAAGAUGUAGGAGAAGGUUUUAUUGAAAACAUAACAAAUUACCGCUCUGUCUUGAAAUUUCCCACUGAUGAAGAUCUCAAUGGUGCUGCAGUGGCUCUCAUGAGAUUGCAGGAUACUUAUAAAUUAGACACAGCCUCAGUGGCUAGAGGUGAACUGAAUGGUAUUCAAUAUAGCACAGAGUUAUCAGCUGGAGAUUGCUUUGAACUUGGAAGGCAGUCCUACAACAAUGGUGAUUUUUAUCACACAGUGUUAUGGAUGCAAGAAGCCCUUCAGCGAUAUGAAGAAGAAUAUAACAAGACUACUACAAAAUCAGACAUAUUAGAAUAUUUGGCCUUUUCCACUUACAUGCAAGGAAAUGUAAGAACUGCACUUAAGCUUACAGAUGAACUUCUACAGAUUGUUCCAACUCAUCAGCGUGCAUUGGGCAAUAGAGAUUACUAUUUAAAAGAUUUGGAAUCCAGAGAUGAUCGCAAGAAAGGAGAAGAUGGUUAUGGAAGUUUACCUGCUGAUGAUGCAAAAGUUGUCAUGGAAAAGAAACCAAAAACUGAUGAUCUUCCUGAAAGAGAGCUUUAUGAAAUGCUCUGCAGAAAUGAAAUAACAGUUCCUGUUGAUAUUCAAUCACAACUCAAAUGUCGAUACACAGACUUGGGUUCACCAUUCUUAAAAUUGGCUCGUGUAAAGGAAGAAGAAGCAUAUCUGAAACCUCGAAUUGUUAUAUUUCAUGAUAUUAUUUAUGAUCCUGAAAUAGAAACCAUUAAGAGACUAGCUCAGCCUAGGUUCAGAAGAGCUACAGUACAAAAUUCUGAAACUGGGGAACUCGAAGUAGCACACUACCGUAUCAGUAAGUCUGCUUGGUUGAGUGAUGAAGAUCAUAAGCACAUUCACAGUGUGAACAGGAGAGUUGAAGAUUUGACUGGCCUUACUAUGGAAACUGCAGAGCAACUUCAAGUUGUGAAUUACGGAAUUGGAGGACAUUAUGAACCACAUUAUGAUUUUGCAAGAAAAGAAGAACAUAAUGCAUUCAAGAAACUUGGUACGGGUAAUCGCAUAGCAACUGUGCUGUUUUAUAUGAGUGAUGUUCCCCAAGGAGGUGGCACAGUGUUUCCAUCUAUUAAAGUUGCCUUAUGGCCUAAAAAAGGUUCUGCAGCUUUCUGGUACAAUCUGUACAAGAAUGGGGAAGGGGAUUUCAAAACUAGACAUGCAGCAUGCCCAGUACUUGCAGGAUCUAAAUGGGUAUCAAAUAAAUGGAUACAUGAAGUUGGACAAGAAUUCAGAAGACCUUGUGCUCUUACAAAUGACUGAUAAUUUAAAAUGGUGUGUUUUAGAUAAGGACUGAAUGUUCUGAAAGUAUGCAUGUGAUUUACAUACUUAAAAGGUAAAUCUGAGUGAAAAGAAAUUAAGAGAGCAAGUUAAUUUUAUUGGACUGUGCCAUAAUGCAUUGCUCUGAAAUAUCUAGUGAUCAAUUGAAUCUCCUGGAUGUGAAUCUCGUCAAAGCAAAAUAGUCGCAACAUAAACAGGAAUGUUCAAAAGCACUUGAGAACUGAUUGUGUAAAAAACUGCUUGCAACCAAAUAUGGAAAUAUGUAGCACUGAAAACAAAAGUAGACUGUAUUAUUGAUGUAUUGGAGGUGGAAUAUGUGUGCAAAAUUUGUUUUCUAUAAUUAUUGUGGUACUAAACUGUUAUGCAAUGUUACAGAGGCCUACUUUAGAAUAUAACUAACUGAAAUCUUUUUUUACUGCUGGAAUUCAGUUUAAUUUGAUCAGUUUUCAGUGUAAGAUUUUUGUAACUAGUGAUGCAUUGGAUGUGUCUUCCAGACGCAAACAUCAUAUUAUGAAAUAUUGACAGUCAGGUUCAGAUUUUAAUAUAUUUUACACAAAAUGUAUUGAAUUUGUAAUUUUGCCUUCAACAUUUUAUUUUGAAAUGUUUUCUAUGCAACUUUUUAAUUCUAUAUCACUUAGAAAAUACUAUUCUGUAUUGAAUCCAUAAGCAGGAUACUUUAUUUACCACCUUACCUACUUAUAGGCAUUAUUGUCUUGUCAUUUGUAUUGAAUUUGUCACUUUGAUUUUAACCCAACAACAAAUACAUAGUAUUUUUGAUUCAUACCUCACAUGCCACAGAGUAUUGUUAAGUGACAACCCAUACAUAUUAUUGUCUAUGAAUUCAAAGCUUUAAAAAUAAAAAGAUGAAAAUAAUUGAGGCAUCUUCUUUUUUUUAUUAAUUUUUUACAACGAUCUCAUCCUUAUACCC